CUCAAGCCUGGGAGAACAUGAUGAGUGCCUCAAGCCAGAGUCCUAACCCUAACAAUCCCGCUGAAUACUGUUCUACUAUCCCUCCUUUGCAGCAGGCUCAGGCCUCGGGCGCCCUGAGCUCUCCGCCUCCCACUGUCAUGGUACCUGUGGGAGUUCUAAAGCAUCCUGGAGCAGAAGUGGCUCAACCUAGAGAACAAAGGCGUGUUUGGUUUGCUGAUGGGAUAUUACCCAAUGGAGAAGUUGCAGAUGCAGCAAAACUGACAGUAGCUGGGACAACUUCCACAGGAACCUUAGCAGUGUCGCAUGAUCCAUCAAAGCCUGUCAACAACAACACUUUAGCAGCAGAAACUGAUAAUGCUUCUGUAUUCUCGGGAAAUAUAACUCAGGUUGGCAGUCCUGUUGGCAGUGCAAUGAAUCUGAUUCCUGAAGAUGGUCUUCCUCCAAUUCUCAUCUCCACUGGAGUAAAAGGAGACUAUGCUGUAGAAGAGAGGCCUUCUCAGAUCUCUGUCAUGCAGCAGCUGGAGGAUGGUGGCCCUGACCCCCUUGUAUUUGUUUUAAAUGCUAAUUUGCUGUCCAUGGUAAAAAUAGUAAAUUAUGUGAACAGGAAGUGCUGGUGUUUCACUACAAAAGGCAUGCAUGCAGUGGGGCAGUCGGAGAUAGUCAUUCUCUUGCAGUGUUUGCCUGAUGAGAAAUGUUUGCCUAAAGAUAUCUUUAACCAUUUUGUGCAACUUUAUCGGGAUGCCUUAGCAGGUAACAUCGUUGGCAACCUGGGACACUCCUUUUUCAGCCAGAGCUUCCUUGGAAGCAAAGAACAUGGAGGGUUCUUGUACGUUGCAGCUACGUAUCAGUCCCUGCAAGACCUGGUGCUCCCAACCCCACCGUACUUGUUUGGCAUCCUCAUUCAGAAAUGGGAGACUCCCUGGGCUAAAGUGUUCCCCAUUCGGCUGAUGCUGAGACUUGGAGCUGAAUACAGACUUUACCCAUGCCCACUUUUUAGUGUCAGAUUUCGCAAGCCUUUGUUUGGAGAGACUGGACACACCAUCAUGAACCUUCUUGCAGACUUCAGAAAUUACCAGUACACGCUGCCUGUUGUCCAAGGUUUAGUGGUUGAUAUGGAAGUCAGAAAAACCAGCAUCAAAAUUCCCAGCAACAGAUACAAUGAGAUGAUGAAAGCCAUGAACAAAUCCAACGAGCAUGUCCUAGCAGGGGGAGCGUGCUUCAACGAGAAAGCAGACUCACAUCUGGUGUGUGUUCAGAACGACGACGGGAAUUACCAGACACAGGCCAUCAGCAUCCAUAACCAGCCGAGGAAGGUGACCGGUGCCAGCUUCUUUGUGUUCAGUGGAGCUUUAAAAUCCUCUUCAGGCUACCUUGCCAAAUCCAGUAUAGUAGAAGAUGGAGUAAUGGUCCAGAUAACUGCUGAGAACAUGGACUCUUUGAGGCAGGCCUUGAGAGAGAUGAAAGACUUCACCAUUACAUGUGGCAAAGUAGAUGCUGAAGAUCCUCAGGAACACGUUCAUAUUCAGUGGGUAGAAGAUGAUAAAAACUUCAGUAAGGGUGUUGUAAGCCCUAUUGAUGGCAAAUCAAUGGAGUCUAUAACAAGUGUGAAGAUAUUUCACGGCUCAGAGUACAAGGCAAACGGAAAGGUCAUUCGGUGGACAGAGGUGUUCUUCCUGGAAAAUGAUGAGCAACAUAAUGGUCUGAGUGACCCAGCUGACCACAGCAGGCUGACUGAAAACGUGGCAAAGGCUUUCUGUUUAGCUCUCUGUCCUCACCUCAAGUUGCUGAAAGAAGAUGGAAUGACUAAGCUGGGUCUGCGCGUUACACUCGACUCGGAUCAAGUUGGUUAUCAAGCUGGGAGCAAUGGACAGCCACUGCCCUCUCAAUACAUGAACGACCUGGACAGUGCCUUAGUUCCAGUGAUUCAUGGAGGGGCAUGUCAGUUGAGUGAGGGGCCAGUCAUAAUGGAGCUCAUCUUUUAUAUUCUGGAAAACAUCUCAUAAGAGGACUUCAUUUUCUGUUCAGACCUGUUCCAGCAGCAGUUGUAUCUGAAUCAUUUGCACUUUAAAACUGGAAAAUUAAGCUUUUGUUAACACUAUUGGGGAAGGGGGGGUGGGGAGGGAGGUACAGUUGUUCCAUAAUUCUAAAUCUUCUAUGCAUUGUCAACAACCAGAGGAUCAGGGCAGCUUCUAUACUACAACAUGGCUAUGCUAUCCUUGCAGCUAAUCCACUUCUGUUACUGUUUAGAGAAAUGCUCAUGUUUAAAGACUUACAGUCCAUGUACUCUAAAUGCUCAAACGGGUGCGAAGAUCACUGGGGC